AUGGCUUCACGUGAAGAUUGUGUCUAUACUGCUAAACUCGCUGAACAAAGCGAAAGAUAUGAUGAAAUGGUUCAAUCUAUGAAACAAGUUGCAGAAAUGGAAGCAGAAUUAUCUAUUGAAGAAAGAAAUUUGUUAUCAGUCGCUUAUAAGAAUGUUAUUGGAGCUAAAAGAGCUUCAUGGAGAAUUAUUUCUUCUCUUGAACAAAAAGAACAAGCUAAAGGAAACGAUAAACAUGUUGAAAUUAUCAAAGGAUAUAGAGCUAAAAUUGAAAAAGAGCUCUCUACUUGUUGUGAUGAUGUUCUUAAAGUAAUUCAAGAUAAUCUUCUUCCAAAAGCAUCUACUGCAGAAAGUAAAGUCUUCUUCAAGAAAAUGGAAGGUGACUAUUACAGAUAUUUUGCAGAAUUCACUGUUGAUGAAAAACGAAAAGAAGUUGCUGACAAAUCACUUGCUGCAUACACUGAAGCUACUGAAAUUUCUAAUGCUGAACUUGCUCCAACCCAUCCAAUUAGACUUGGUCUUGCUCUUAAUUUCUCUGUUUUCUAUUUUGAAAUUAUGAAUGACGCUGAUAAAGCUUGUCAACUUGCUAAACAAGCCUUUGAUGAUGCUAUUGCUAAAUUAGAUGAAGUUCCAGAAAAUAUGUAUAAGGACUCUACUCUUAUUAUGCAAUUAUUAAGAGACAACUUAACGCUCUGGACUUCUGACGCUUGUGAUGAAGAAUAA